AUGAUAGGUCGAACUGGUUGCCCUGAUUUGUGUACUUUAACUAACAAUGGAGGCGUUUGUAUUGGUGGAGAUGAUCGUUCUACAUCCAGUGGUCACAAUCGUUCACAAAUGCCUUCUCUACCUUCUGGUUCAUUCGUAACUCAGCCGGUUAGUUACAAUGGAGUAUCAACAACCACAGAAAGUUCAGUUGAUGAAACCGCAAAUAACAGUAAUAACAAUACGCUUAAACAAACCACCGGUGGUGUCAUUACGUCAGCAAUAACAAAUUUACCGACGAAAUUAGGAUUGAAAGGAAAAAAAGAUACGGAAAAAGAUAUGUUAUUGACAAAUGAUGAUUCUUAG